AUGUGCAAUUCUCUAGGCAGCGGGUUUUUGUGGGGGGGUUGUCCAGGGAAUCCACUGGUGGAUGAACAAGCCAGAUCACACGUAUUUUUUGGUCCAGAUUGGGAUCCUGUCGGGUGUAGAGCAAAGGUUCGAGGCAUAAAGAAACAUUUGAAGCGGCUCAAUGCGCCAAAGCAUUGGAUGCUGGAUAAACUGGGUGGGAACUUCGCACCCAAACCCAGUACCGGUCCACACAAAUUACGUGAAUGCUUGCCGCUAAGUAUUUUCCUGCGAAAUCGACUGAAGGUGGCGCUAAACUACAAUGAAUGUACGAAAAUAUUGGCUCAGAAACUGAUCAAGGUUGACGGAAAAGUCAGAACCGACAAGAAGUACCCUGCCGGCUUCAUGGAUGUUAUCACGAUCGAGAAAACCAACGAGCAUUUCCGUCUUGUGUAUGACACGAAAGGCCGUUUUGCCAUUCAUCGGAUACAUCCAGAGGAAGCUAAGUAUAAACUGUGCAAGGUUAGGAAGGUCCUGACGGCGUCAGGUGGCGUCCCUUAUCUGGUCACUCAUGACGCGCGGACUAUCCGCUACCCGGAUCCCAACAUAAAGCCGAAUGACACCAUCCAGGUAGAUAUCGCCACUGGAAAGGUCUUGAACCAUAUCAAAUUUGAUCCAGGUAAUAUAUGUAUGAUCACUGGUGGGCGCAACUUGGGCCGCGUGGGAACCAUCACCCAAUGGGAACGUCAUCCCGGUUCAGUCGAGAUGGUGCAUGUUCGUGACAGCACUGGACACCAGUUCCUAACCCGUUUGAAUAACGUCUUCAUCAUCGGCAAAUCUAAUAAGGCUUGGAUUUCGCUACCCAAGGGGAAAGGAGUGCGGUUGUCCAUAAUUGAAGACCGAGACCGACGAAUCAGAGCGCGACGAUUGGCACAUUGA